AUGAACAAAACGAUAUCGAGGUGUCUAGAUGUUAUCGCCGCAGAUCAUAUUACCCUUAAGCAAUUACUAAGACGGAUCCUGGCAAUUUACGGGAUUGUUGGUGCCGCGACAUUGCCGAAACUGAAGCGUCAUAAUGCGUUGAAUGGACAUACAAGACUGCAACUGCUGCUUCGGAACGCGAAGAUUGCUUCUCUAGUAUGCUGUCUGGUCAAUAUUCAUCCAUUGCUGUACAAACUGUUGCGAACCCGGUGGCUGUCAUUCAAUGCUCUUAUCGUGGCAGCUACCAAGUUGCAAAUACCCCCAUGGAUCUCAACGUAUAUAUUGUUUGAGUCACUGGUAGACCGCAUAUAUUCCUCCGAUGUGAUAAGAGGGAUAACACCACACUUUAGCAAUGGCACUUGGAACACACUAAGGCAAGCUCUUCUCUCUCUGCUGAUACCGCUGUUGCGAGACACUCGUCCGUCAAGGGCCAAGACUAUAAUAUUCGAGCGGAAGAGCUUGUGGAAAAACUUCGGCUCUCUUUUCUUGCUGUGGAACGUCAUUUCAGUGUACCAGUUCUCGAAAUCCCUAUUAUACCGGAGAAAGGGCCAGGAAAAGCGGCAAAAUGGUGACAAAAGGAGUUCGCAAGGCUUUUACACACUAAAGGACAAUCUGAAGGAAAUAAACGAGCUUUCUACAUCAAGAAGUGUCCGGGAGAAAAUUAUCAGUUGCAGUCUUCGACAAAACCUCCCGACUACCAUCAAAUGGGCACUAUGGAGGCAGCUUCUUUGGUCUAUCCUAGGUCCCAAUCACACACUGCGCUCGCACUUACACAUAUCUACGGUAUUGAUGAUUGGUUUUUAUGUCUUAGACAACGGAACUAAUCAAAUGUACAUUCGAGCUGGAGUUCUCAAGUACUUGGUUCGACUGCUAAUUACAGACAGAUUGCUUGGCAACCCUCACUGGCAGACGGUCGCUCUUUGGUUGGGAUCAAACUUGGCACUGCGAAACUAUACUCGUGAGCGACGUCUCAUCACCAGUUAG